GUUAUUUCGAGCAUGAUGUCACUUCCAAUGUUUACAUAGUAACGUCAGUGGCGGCAGAAUUAAGUCUUAGUUUCAGUGCUGUUGCUAGGGUUUCUGUUGUUGGUGGGUUGGUUGAGUCAGUAUGAGUGGGAAUAGAGGAUUAAGGCAUGCAGAUGACGGUACAAGGGUGCAGAAAAGCACCGGGGUAACACAAAGUCAUGAGGUUAAGAAUCAUGGGAGACCAGCGACAGGGCACACUGGUAUCAAGGCGGUAUUGGAGGGAGGUGGUAGUGGUAGACGGGGUUUACGACAGGCUAUCGGCUCCCUUUGCAAAGUCUUGUGUGGUCUGGGUCUUAAGGUCAAUGCAGAAAUGUUUCGCCAGGCAAAACACAACGGGCUGAAGAAUACGACUAUUGAAUUUUGGAAAGUCCUUUUCUCUCUUCUAAAGCAACUGCAUGAAGGCACAACUUCUGUCUCAACUGAUGGCGAAAUUGGUUCCCAGAUUGUGUUCGUUAAGUCAGUACUUUGGUACUAUGGAUAUGGCUCCUUGGAAUUCUACCAGCUGCCAGGUGAUGGAUCUGAAGGGAGCAGAGAGCUGUUGCUUGCUUUUUCAUGGCUCCUUCAGAGGAUCUCUCUGCUAGAACAAAUUCUGUACUUGCAUAAAGCCCAACUCAAAGAUACAGUGUUGCAUUGUACAUGUAAAAUGAAUGAUACAAAAUCUUGGCAGAUUUCAGAACAUUCAGAACAGCAUCUUGAAAAACAAAUUCCAGAUAUUCGAUGCAUACAGUGGCUUCAGGGAAAGCUUGAUUUCCGAUUCAAAGUUCUACAUGCAAUGCAGCAAGCAAAGUGUGGUGCUACCUACAAGAUUCAUCACUAUACAAGGGGUUGUCACACUGGCCAAAAUCACCUGUCCAUCAUGGAAGUCAAUCUAAUACAAGAUCCCAGCAGCCUUAACAAGGUGUUGCACACACUGGAGUCUGAGAAUGCCCGACUCGAUGCCUAUCUGGAAUGGAAAAGGCUUGAGCCCAUCUACUGGCACUGGAUGGAAAGUGUGUUGGAUGCAAAACUUAAAGACAACUUUGAAUGUGCUGCUAGACCACUUAAUACUUCUACAAAUGAUUGUACUCACUGUAGUGAUGACUGUCCACUCACUGAAAUUGGUCAGUUAACAGCUUUGGUGGAGACCCUACAGAAUGAACUGCAGGAAAAUAUGUCUCGCUUGAAAACACAGUGGUCUGCAAGGGUAAAACGGGAAGAAAAGAAAUUACUUGAUGAAGAAUUAUUUGUGGAAAAGUUAAAGAAAUUGCAAAAUGAAGUGGAACUGAAAUUUGCUUCUGCAAGAGAGAAAUGGAGACGAACCUUAAAGCAUGGUACAUACCAGUUGCUGCUUCAGGAGGAUCCUUUUCAAGUGAAAAAAGGCACCAGCAGCAUCUCUAGGAAUAAAGAAUUGCAUGGGAAUGUUGUAAAGGCUUCUGAGAUGGUAGCUGAUCUUCAGAAAACAGAAUCUUUGUUGCAGAAUGAAUUGACUGUUUUACAGGAAGAGUGCAGAAAUCAUCUAAAGCAGAUUGCAGGAAGUCUACAGGGGAUCAUUUGCAUACCUCCUGUAAAAACGUAGUUGCUGUCAUACAGAAUAAAUUAAUAUAACACUUCUGA